CUUUAGCACAAAGCAGCACAAAAACAAACUUCAAAGGCAAAGAUACACAGAGAGAGAUAUAGAGAGAGAGCCAACCAUCUUCUUCUCUCUCCUCCUACCUUUGCUUUGAUUCUGUCCAACCAAUCGAAGACCCCACACACACAAAUCUGACUCUCCACACUAUCACCAACAAUGCCAGAUGGUCGCGGCAAAUGGAAGAGACGGAAGCGGGAGCCCCAAAUCGCCCGGAAACCUAAGCACGAAGAGGCCGAAGAUGAGGACGACGACGAGUCCCUUGACCGGGAGGACUCCGAGGAGCCGAACCAGAAUCUGUUAUCCGCUGCUGUCGCGGCCGAUCCGGGGUCACAGGAGGUCGAGGUGCUGGCCGAGGGUGGGGUUCGCAUUUGUGAUUUCCCUGUGGUGGUGCGGCACACGGUGAACCGGCCUCACUCGUCUGUGAUGGCUGUUGUUGCUGUGGAGAGGGCGAAUUUGGUAGGGGAUAGUGUUAUCAGGGGGCAGGUGACGAUGGAGUUAGAGAAUGUUUCUUACGGGCAGCUCCAGGCGGUGUCUCGUGUGCCUGCUGAAAGUGGUGCAGCUGCCACGACGGGUGGGAACGAUCAGGAUAGGAGUGAUGGUGGGAAUUUGACUCCACCGUAUGUGAUCACGCCUCCUCCUAUCUUCGAGGGCAGCGGUGUAACUAAGCGGUUUCAGAGUAGGGUUCAUGUAGUUCCUAUGCAUUCAGAUUGGUUUUCGCCAGCCUCAGUCCAUCGGCUUGAGAGACAAGUGGUGCCACUUUUUUUUUCUGGGAAGUCGCCAAACCAUACACCAGAGAAGUACAUGGAGUGUAGGAACUUCAUUGUUGCUAAAUAUAUGGAAAAUCCGGAGAAGAUGCUUACAAUUUCUGAUUGCCAGGGUUAUGUAGUUGGUGUUGACAAUACAAAUUUAAGUAGAAUUUUUCGAUUUCUUGAUCACUGGGGAAUUAUCAAUUACUGCGCAGCUGCACCAACUCGUGAGCCUUUGAAUGGUGGUUCCUAUUUGAGGGAGGAUCCAGGGGGUGAUAUUCACGUGCCAUCAGAUGCUUUAAAGUCAAUUGAGAGUUUGAUCAAAUUUGACCCUCCAAAAUGUAGGCUCAGGGCAACUGAUGUUUAUUCAUCCACGUCUUGUCAUGUUGAUGAUUUCUCUGACUUGGACGACAGAAUACGAGAGCACUUUUCAGAUAAUCAUUGCAAUUCUUGUUCACAACCUCUUCCCAGCAUUUACUAUCAAUCACAUAAGGAGGCCGACGUAUUUCUGUGUUCUGAUUGCUUUCAUGGGGGGAAAUUCGUUAUUGGUCACUCGAGCAUAGAUUUUGUGAGGACGGAUUCAACAAAAGAUUAUGGUGAUAUAGAUGGGGAAAGUUGGAGUGAUCAGGAGACACUGCUGCUACUCGAGGCCGUGGAAAUUUACAGUGAGAAUUGGAAUGAGAUUGCUGAGCAUGUUGGCACCAAGUCAAAAUCACAAUGCAUCCUUCAUUUCCUCCGCCUACCUAUGGAGGAUGGAAAGUUGGAAAACAUUGAAGUUCCAAGCACGUCUAAGUCUUCCAAUGUGUCAAAUAGAGAUGAUCGUGGAAGCUUGCAUUCAAACUCAAAUGGAUCAUACCUUAAUGAUGGUGACUCUGAAAGAAGGCUGCCUUUUGCAAAUUCUGGGAAUCCAGUAAUGUCCCUGGUUGCCUUUUUGGCCUCUGCUAUUGGACCUAGAGUUGCUGCAGCCUGUGCCCAUGCAUCGUUGGCUGCAUUGUCGGAGGAUAAUAGCACUGCCACUUCUGGGAACAUUGUGCAGAUGGGAGGAUCAGGGCAUGAUAGUAGGAUGAAUUUGGAGGGUAUUCAUGGUAGAGAAGGCAGUUUCCACAGAGAUUUGGGAAAUUCAAUUCAGCAAAAAGAAGCGAGCUCUGCAGUACAUGGUUCUCAGGGCCAAAAUGAGGCACAGUUCACUUCUAUAUCUGCAGAGAAAGUUGAAGCUGCUGCCAAAGCUGGUCUUGCUGCUGCAGCAGUCAAGGCAAAACUCUUUGCAGAUCAUGAAGAACGAGAAAUCCAGAGGCUGUAUGCCAAUGUUGUUAAUCAGCAGUUAAAGAGAUUGGAGCUGAAGUUGAAGCAAUUUGCUGAAGUGGAAACCCUGUUAGUAAGAGAAUUGGAACUAGUGGAGAAGACAAGACUAAGGUUUUCUGGUGAACGGGCCCACAUUUUAGCAACUCGUUUUGGAGGUGCUGCGGCCAAUUCACAAAUAAAUAUGCCAGGUGUCGCUCCUUCCAUUGUUAACAACAAUAUUGGCAGCCAUAGGCCACAAGUUGCGUCAGCAUCUUUCUCGCAGCCAAGCAUUUCAGGCUAUGGGAACAACCAAUUAGUCCGUCCACAAAUGCCAUUUAUGCCAUCCCCGUCGAUGUUUCCGCUAGGGCCGAGGCUUCCUAUAACAUCCGCACAGACAUCCUCAUCAACUCCUUCAAAUGUUAUGUUCAGUUCCCAAGGAAAUCCUCAGCCUUCCAUCAAUCAUCCAUCUCUGAGGUCUGUAUCAGGGACUAGCUCUGCUCUUGGCUGACAUGGGUAACCGGCGUCAUUAUAAAAAACAAAAAGGUAAUCAGCGUAAGUUUGGAAUCCUUCUUGCUUGUAAGCAUUCCAUGCUGCGAAGAAAAGGAAGAAUGAAUAUGAUGGAUGAGCAAUGAAGUAUCUUGCUCUGAAUUUCGAAUGGAAGGAAGAAUGGACGUGAUGGAUUAGCAGCAAAGGCUUGUUCGUUUCAAAUUUUUUUCAUCGCCACUAUGGACCAGCUUAUAAUCUUGUUAGCUUGAAUAACAUAGAAUAUACACAAUUGAGAUAAUUGUUGAAUUAUGUUUGGUACUAGACAGUGCAAUGAAUUAGAAAAUCAUUUUCAAAAUGAGUUAGAAAUCUUAUAAUGGCUUUGUAGUAUGAAAUAUGUUCUUUGCA